AUGGCCGCGCGCCCCGGGCCGCUCUGGCUGCUGGGCCUGGCGCUGUGCGCGCUGAGCGGCGGCGGCGCCUCUGGCCCGCGCCCCUCGCCCGGCUGCCCGCAACGGCGCCUGGGCCCGCGCGAGCGCCGCUACCUGCAGCGCGAGAUCCUGGCGGUGCUCGGGCUGCCCGGGCGGCCCCGGCCCCGCGCGCCGCCCGCCGCCGCCCGGCUGCCCGCGUCCGCGCCGCUCUUCAUGCUGGACAUGUAUCGCGCCAUGGCCAGCGACGACGACGAGGACGGCGGGACCCCCGAGCGGCGCCUGGGCCGCGCCGACCUGGUCAUGAGCUUCGUCAACAUGGUGGAGCGGGACCGCACCCUGGGCCACCAGGAGCCCCAGUGGAAGGAGUUCCGCUUUGACCUGACCCAGAUCCCGGCGGGGGAGGCCGUCACGGCCGCGGAGUUCCGGAUUUACAAGCUGCCCAGUACCCACCUGCUCAAUUGGACUCUCCACGUCAGCAUGUUCGAGGUGGUCCUGGAGCAGUCCAACAGGGAGUCUGACUUGUUCUUUUUGGAUCUUCAGACGCUCCGAUCUGGGGACGAGGGCUGGCUGGUGUUGGACGUGACAGCAGCCAGUGACCGCUGGCUCUUGAACCGUAACAAGGACCUGGGACUCCGCCUCUAUGUGGAAACAGAUGAUGGGCGCAGCGUGGAUCCUGGCCUGGCCGGUCUGCUGGGGCAACAGGCACCGCGCUCCCAACAGCCUUUCGUGGUCACCUUUUUCAGGGCGAGCCCCGGCCCCGUCCGAGCCCCUCGGGCGGUGAGGCCCCUGAGGAGGAGGCUGCCGAAAAGAACCAACGAGCUGCCGCCCCCAAACAAACUGCCGGGGAUCUUCGACGACGUCCACGGCUCCCACGGCCGACAGGUGUGCCGUCGGCAUGAGCUCUAUGUCAGCUUCCAGGACCUUGGCUGGCUGGACUGGGUCAUCGCCCCCCAAGGCUACUCAGCCUAUUACUGUGAAGGGGAGUGCUCCUUCCCACUGGACUCCUGCAUGAAUGCCACCAACCACGCCAUCCUGCAGUCCCUGGUGCACCUGAUGAAGCCUGACGCGGUGCCCAAGGCGUGCUGCGCGCCCACCAAGCUGAGCGCCACCUCCGUGCUCUACUACGACAGCAGCAACAACGUCAUCCUGCGCAAGCACCGCAACAUGGUGGUCCGCGCCUGCGGCUGCCACUGAGGCCCCACCCCGCCUGCUGCGCCGCCCCUACCGGGUCAGGUCAGCCCACUGCAGGGGGCACCCCCUAAUGCCUUCACAGCUCAGGCAGGGCGGCAGCGAGGGCGCCCCUCCGCUGCCCACAUCCUGCCAGGGGCUGGUCCUUCCCUGGCCCCUCUGCCCCGCCCCCGCCCGGCGCCUGAGGCGGUGGUGGAACUCCGGCCUGGCGGUCUGCGUCCGCAGCAGGGUCCUACCCCAGCCCCCUCCCCAGAAGCACGGGCUGACCGUUCUUUGGGGCUGGCAGAGAGUCCUGUCUGAGGACCUGCCCUUGUCCACUGCUGGCCUAGCUGUGGGCGGAUGUGGGACGAACUCAGAGGCACCUGCAGCCCAGGAUGGCCACCUCAGGCCCUUCACCGUCCACGACAGGGUCUGGGGAUGUGUAGACAGGUCCUGGUCCAUCUCCAGUUGCCUGCCCUUCCCAGGUGCAAAACUGGGCAUUUCUGGGCACUUCUGUUAGAGUGUGGAGUUGCCCUCGGUGGGCUAUAUUUGUGGAUCUGAAUUACCAAACCGCUGGCCACAAGGAGGCAUGUGGGUCGCCUCCAGAAAGAGCUAAAUGGACAGCAUGAUUUAGGGCCAAGGCCGAUGGCAUUCAUCUUCCCUGUCUUCCUCCCUUGACCUGCCUCUGCUGUCUGGGGAAGACGUGCAGGGCAUGGACACUUCAGGGAAACAAAAAAUCCUGGGGGCUUUAUUGACCCCGUCUGUCUGUCACCAUGUUGAACCAUCAGGAGUUCAGGUCUGUGGAAGUUAUCUUUUUGCUGAGCCAAGUAUGGUGGAUACAUCGGGUGGCCCAGGGUGACAAUGCCCAGCACGGGUGACAUAGUUUCCCUUAACCUUCUGCACGGCAGUCAUCGAUAAUCAACCUUGAUAUUUUUUCUUUCAAAUCUGGAUAGAAUUUCAAAAUGACCAGCACAGAACUCCAGGUGGCCACCACCAACAGGUUAGAGUUGGCAUGUGGAGUGGAAACUCUCUGCCAUCUCCUGCCUCCAGUGCUCUGGGACACGGGGCAGCCUGGGGCCAGGCGUGGAGCGAGGGCAAGGCUUGUUAGCACCUGCCCGUGUCCAGAAGCUGUCAGAACAGACUGUUCAACCAAGUCUGCGUCACCCUGUGUGCCCAGGAGCCCUGUCCUGUCUCUCGGGGCCUGUGAGCCAGAGAAAAGGCCCCGGUCCCAGGGGAGUGACAGGCGGCAAUUAAGCUGAGCUGGGUGGGGCGGUUCCCGGAAACCUCUGCUCUCCUUGUAGCCGGCAGCUGGAGUGUUUAUUUGAUUUCUGACUUGGUAAGCCUGUAAUUUACCUGGUGGAGCGGACUGCGUCCAGCUGCCCGAACCCUGAAAUACUGUGUCAUUAAAAGCACAGCCUGGGCCCGCCCCAACCCACGGGCACAGCCCAGGACGUGCAGUCCUGGAAUUCACUCUGCGCCCCAAGGAAGGGCUCCGGGAGCGCAGGUCUGGCAGCAGGGGUGAAGGCUGGGGCCUUGCUGCAGGACAGCAGCCCCUCCGCCUGGACCUGGGAGGGCCUCUGGGAGCCAGUGCACAGGAAGAGACCCUCCCCAUGGACACAGGAGACUGGAAAAUGGUGAGCUCCCCAUCAGUGUAGGGAUCUAAGCUCUGGCCUACAUGUUAGGGAACAUGACUUGGUGGCUUCCUCCUCUGGGCCUAUUUCCCAUCUGUAACAUGAAACAUGGACUUUUUGAUCUGAAAAGGGCCUUCAGCCAGGGAAUCUGUCUGCCAACCCUGUCUCACACUGAGCCCAGAGGCAGCCUGGUAACCCUGAACACGGAGCUCAGGUGGCCAUCACGAAUCAGAGCUGGCACGUAACAUGGAACCUGUUUGUUAUUCUAGUACUUACCUAACAGUUCUCUCUUCCCAACAUGGAGGAUUGUCUCUUAGGUAAAUAUAAAUCUUAAAUUAGCAGAUUAUUUUGAGAACUAACUUUUUUCACUUGAAAAUUUUUACUUGUAAUUUUCUGAAUUUCAAAUUGUUUUUUAUUGCGGAAGUGGGAAAAUCAAAACAUGUUAGCUCACCAGCUACAAAUUACUGAAAAAAAUGGUAGUCUUAAUGGUAGUUUCAUCAAUGACUACCAUUAAAAUGGA